AUGUCCCUCUUCCCCUCUGAUACGGAUGGCGAAGUGAAGCAUUUGAAAGGGGCGACCUUGGACGAGGUCGUCACGGCCAGGGAGUGCGUUAUAUUCUCGACACCAGCUUGUGGAUGGUGUAUUAAGGCCAAGAGGUUCCUCACAGAAGAGCUCAUGGUCCCCUGCAGUUACUAUAGUCUUCAUGAGUAA